AAACAUCAAAUAGGUCUCGUUUUUGCCUUGUGUCUGUUGGAGACAGUCUAAGCUGCAGCCAUGGAGGAGUCGGGGGGCGGCAACCGCCGCCGCCGGCCGCCCACACCCAUGGAGGAGGAUCCUGUGCAGCGGGGCCCGAUCACCCAAGACGAAUCCCGUUUCGGGGCCGGUGAGAGCGGCCUCAGCCGCCGCCGGCGGCAGCGGCGGCGGCGGCCUCGGCGAUCUGGGACCCACUCCCAGUCCCAGGCAUCCUCCUCCGUUGCGCCGCCGGUGGACGGCGGUGCCGCCGAUCCGGACUCUCCUACCGGUCUUCGUGUUGUUUUUAGCGACGGGAGGAUCCACGGUGUGUACACCAGGGAGUUCCUCAGGGAGUACCUCAGCAGCCAAAGUCGUCAGCGGCCUGAAACCCGCUCUCAGGCGCCAUCCUCCUCGUCUGCACCCCGCUCCGAUCAUCCUGGAGCUGAAGGGGGAACCCGUGUUCGACAGAGUGUUCUCUAUUCAGACCGGCCAAGGCGGUCUCGACCCAGAAGACAGACGCCGGCUGAAGAGCAUCCUGGCAUCGUGAGUAGCAGUGAGCUUGGCAGGCUAGUUACAGAUUCACCAACAUUUGAGGCGUUGUCGUUGAUUGACUCACCACCGUUAACCCCUCAAACAACUGAUGCUGAAGAGUCUGAUAAUGAUGAAGCGCCCCCUGAACAUGUAAGAUCUGGAUUUGGAUUUUGAAUUCUUGGUCCACAGACUCUUCGCUGUUCAGCCCGUCCACCCCGCCCGAAGUGGUCCGGAGGUGUACGCGGGCAGGGAAUGCUUGAGAAGCAUGCCGGUGAUGCAAACAAUAGCGAGCUUGUUCAAUCGAUUACUGAUUUGUCAAGAUCUGAGGCACUGUCAUUGACUGUCUCAUCUUUUUCAACAUCUGAGAAGCCCACAGAAGAUUCAGAUGACGAUACGGAAGAGGAGUUGCGCUUGCUUGAGGAAUACUUUGAUGCGCAUCCUCCUACCAGCAUCAGUCAAGCUUUUGAUGAACUUGAAGCUGCAAAUCAUGCUGCGCUUACUUCCCUAGCUGCCGAGUGGGGUAUUGAGCCACCACCGCCAUUAUCACCACCAAGGAGGCAAUUCCUAGCUGAUCAAGAACAACAAAAGAUGUCUACUGCAGUUGCUCAUCCUCAGCAUAGUACAGUACCCAGAAAACUAAGACAGGAAGCUUCAGAUGAAGAAAUUGUUGAGAAUGCAAAGAAAUGGAUGCGUGACGAGGUAGCACUGGUUUUCGAAGACUACAUUGGAAGAAGAGACGAUCUCAAGAUAGUUGACUACCACCUCGACGAACUUUGCUACCAGUGUGUCAGUGUUGAGGAUUACCAUAACAUUUUCCACCACUAUAACUUUACGGUGAAGUUGAAGAAGGUUAACUCAGAUGAUUGGGUCAGUGCAUUGUACUUUGCAGAAGUGAAGCAGAUGUUUGGGAGAAAAUCCUAUUUCUGUUGCCGGUUGGAGCCGAAUGAAAAUGGUCAUUGCAAUGCAUGUCAAAAUCAAGGAGUGAAUGACCUGAGGCACCCAGCUACUCGUGGCUUUACUGGUGGUGGGUACGGUUUAUGGUAUCCAGAUGAAUUUUGACAAAGCUGGAAGCUGUUUAGCCAGACGGUUUCAGAUGUUAUCUGUUAGCUUGUUGGAAUUUGUAUGUUGCAAUCGUCAAGGCUGUACAUUUAUGGUCCUAUUUUUAUUUUUGUUCAUAACCAGUAUUAGAUGCCUAUAGUAGGCAAUCGUUUCCUUUUGGGUUAGUUAUAUGCAUGCCAUUGUAAGUGGUUAGAUUGGGUGAAAUACCACUACUAUGUCCACCUAUUUGCAACCAUACUGGUAUAAUUCUAUCUUUAUUUGAGAUGUCA